AAGCCUAGGAGAAAAACAUAUGCUUAAAAGCUAACCAAAAAAAAAAAAAAAAAAGUACAAAAUUUCAAGUUUUCCACAGACAAUAUUAUUCUGAAAGUUUCUUUUUGCAAAAAUGGACUUUUACGAUAGCGAGGACGGGGCCGGUGAUGAUAAAAAGGCUAACAUGGAGGAAGAAGAAAAACCUUUACCAUCGUGGGUUGAGUGGUGCGAGCGCAAUGCGCAACCCAAACGGCGCUGCAUAAAGGUAGUAGAACCCGAACUGACACGUUGGCGAAAGCCAGGACCCAUGAAAAAAAAGGAUUGGAAAAAAUUCUUUCAGUGGGCUAUGAACAAAGCAAUGCCCAAAGAACUUAAGGUGGUACCCCCAGAGCCAUUACCCUGUAAUUCAAAAUAUUUGCCCUGUGGACGUCCGAAGCGCAAAAUACCAAUGGAAGAUUUGAUAGAGAAAAUGGAGGCACUAUCAAAGCCAUUAGAACGUAAAAUGACUCCGAAGCAUGAGUACGAACGUCCAUUUUACGCUUACUCGCCGGUAAUUGUUUGGGGCAAGCCACCACGCCACGAUAAGGGUCGGCCAUUUCCAGGACCUUUUUUUCCCUGUUGUUUUGCCAACAAGGAAGUCCAAGAUGAUUUCUGGGCCACUCUGCGUUUUCCCGUACGCCCAUCUGCACUCACCGCACGCCCCACGGCCCGCAUCCUUAGCUUGGCCAGGCCACACAUAAUGCCGCCAAAUCCACCGCAUUGUCCAAUACCAGCCAAGAUUCCUGGACCACUGGAAGUGCCACCUCCGAAGCGCAAAAAAUUUACGACACGUGGCUGGCGAUUGCAUCAAAUUCGUUUGAUUUAUCUCUCCAAGCCAGUGUCCAGACCGGAGUUUGAGUACUUCUAUAUGUGAAUUGGGAGAAUAAAUUCAAUGUAGAUAUA